UUCUUUUUUUUUUGUCUUUCUUUUGCUUUCCUCCUUUUUUAUUCAAAAUUCUAAAUUAUCCCCCACAAACAUGGCUACACUAGUUUCACUAGUAUUAAAUAACGCCGAUAGAUUACCUAUAGUAGGGUCACCUAUCGGUCAAGCAACAACAUGGUAUCGUCGAAGAAGUAAUAGCAACGAAGCCAUUUGCGAAAUCCCACCUCCACCUUAUGAGAAGGAACCAGUCCAUUCGCGGCUUACCCAAAUUUCAGAUUAUGUUUGGAAAAGAGCCAGUUUUAGUAGUGGUACACAACCACAAGAAAUAGUUCCCAUACCAACAGUAACAUCUGAGCAAAUUUUGGAUAAAAAACAGGUGGAUGAAGGCAUAUCACUCUUACAAAUGGCAUCACACAUGAAUCAAGACAUCACAGGAAAACAUAAUCAAAUGUCGAUUGAUUUAUACAUGAUGGGAUUAGACAAAAUAUUGGCUUCGAUUCCAAUUAAUUCUGAUCCAAGCGUGAAAGCAACCCUUGAAAACAAGCUUUCUGAAUUUAAGAAGAGAAACGGGCUUGUUUUAAACGAAGAAAAUGAAAACAAGAAAAGAAAACUAACAGAAGGAGAACAAAAAGAAGCACUCGGAGGUCUUUCUGAUCUAGUAAUUCAUGCCGCAGUCCUUGGUGCAAUUGCCUUAAAGAAAAGUUCCCUUCCUGGAAUUUUUUCUAGGGCAUUUCAGUUAACCAAGGAUGGUUUGUUAAAAAUUGAUGAAACAUGCUCUAUUCGCGAAAGAACCUUAAACUUAACAUCUGUCGGCCUUUCGAAAGCGUUGGAGUUAGACAAACAUUAUGAAGUCCAUCAGUUCUUUGCAGAGAUUUUUUAUACUGGAUGCACAGCCGUAUUAAAAGCAAGCAUUGCUUAUGCAGAGCAAAGUGAUCUUACAACAACUGCUGCUGCUGCUGCUGCUGCCGAUGAUGCUACUAUUUAAAACUCACAUCAUGUGUUAUAAAAAAAGAAAGGUCACC